AAAAAAGCAUCUUCAUACAAUAGAGAAAGGGACGCUGAACGAACACUUCGGCUCAAUCACAAGAUGGUAAGUAAAUGGAAGAAGAUUGGCGUCUAUUUUAGAGAGAAUUGCAUAUUUGAAGAUGAAGCAGGCCUUAAUACGCAUAUGAUAAGAGGACGAGCCUGGUCCAAA